AAUCUGGCUGGAUAUUUGGAAUCUUCAGUUCAAACUGUUACCAAUUUGCAAACACUACUCUCUCUCUCUCUCACAGCGACACACACAGAUUCAUCCCUCCCAGUCUCAGCAUUCCCUUGUUCUCUGCCUUCUCUCUAUCUCGGUAUAUAAAUAUAGGUGCAAUUUGUAUACACACACCUUUAUAUCGUAGCUUGAACAAAUUAUACCAAUCUCUGUUAUUUCUCAGUAACAAGAAACGAAUUGUUUAUUUCUCACUACAUUACAUGGAUCUUCAACUCCUGAAGAAGAGUUUCAAUUUCUGUAAUAGAAAGAAGAAACUGCUCAUUCUACUUUCCCUCUUUGGUUUCUCAAGCUAUGGUGUGUACAAGGUCUAUCACUUGCCCUCUGUGUCCAGGAAGAGGAAGAGGUUUGUGAAGCUCUUAAAAACCCUAAUUUCAGUAGCAGAAAUGGGUUCCGAUUCCGCCCACGCCACCGUCUUUGCAGACUUGAAGGAGUUUCUGCAAUCUGAUUGUGACCAAAUCCCUAAUAGUUUGAAGCAAUUGUCGAAAAUCACCAAGUCUGAUGAAUUUUCAGAGACAUUAAUUAGGGUUACAGAGGUUUUCACUGUUGGGGUUUUGAGGGGUUACAGAUUGAAUUCAAGGAAUGAAAUUGAAGAGUUAGAUCAUUCUAGUUUGUUUGAUAGAUUUAUGGAUAAACUUGUGUCUACAGCUGGGACUGGAUUUGUUUCUGUGAUUGUUGGGAGCUUUGCUCGGAAUUUGGUUUUAGGGUUUUACUCAAAUGCCCAAUUGAAUGUAGGGUUUAAUGGAGACAACCCAGUUGGUGAAUCUAAAAUUGGGUCAAAUUCUUGUACUUUGCCCAGAUGGGUGAAUGUGGUGUGCAGUGACAAAUGUAGAGUAGUUAUAGCUGAUUGCAUUCAGAUGUUUGUGAAAACAGCAGUUGCUGUUUAUCUUGACAAAACUGUGGAUAACAAUUUUUAUGAUGAGAUUUUUUCUUGGAUGACUAAUCCUAAGCACCAAACUAAAGCGAGAGACAUUCUUGUUUCCAUUUGUAAUGGAGCAGUGGAAACACUUGUGAGAACAUCCCACCAAGUGUUGGCAGCCUCGAAUUCCGAUUCGGACUUAAUUUCAAGCUCUUGUUGUUCCAUUGUUGAUCAGAAGGAAACUUCAAGUAGAGUGAGAGAUGGGUUCUCUGAGCAAAGUGCAUCUUUCGCAAAUGGGAUUCAGUACUCUGGGUGGAUGAGUACCGUUUCAUCUACAUUGGCUGUCCCGAGCAAUAGGAGGUUUGUGCUUGAUGUGACAGGAAGGGUAACAUUUGAAUCAGUAAGAUCUCUUCUGGUGUUCUUGUUGUGGAAGCUGUCAGAUGGUUUAAAGAGAAGUCUGAAUGCAGUUCAUGAAGAGGUUGUGGAAAGGGGACUGCAGGUUAUCAGAUAUGUUGGUGCUAAGACUUUUUUUAUUAUUGCCAUAUGCCUUGCCUUGUAUUUACAUGUCUUGGGUAGUACUUGGGCUUUGUUGCCUGCUUAAAUUGAUGUGUUUCUUUCCCCCAAAAAACCAUUAAUGUAGUGGUGGUGUAUACUGUAAUACUGUAUAGAAAUCUUGUCAACAUUGCUUCUUAUCAUGAGGACAUAUGCGUAUAUCUUUGUUGCUCUUCAUUGGAAUGAAAAAACAGGACAUUAAUUUUCUUCCUGAAUGAUUAUUUUAGCUUCUGGAAAUACAUUGCUUUCAUCCUCUUUUCGCUUCUUUAAAUAAAAUGGUCGUUUAUAGUUGGCGGCAUAGAUUUCCAGCCAGUUAUUUUAUUGAAAAUAUUAUUCAGGGGAAGAAGAUUAAAUGUAUUUUGCUGGAUUGUGGUGUUUCAUUAGGACAUACCAUAUAGCAGCAUAAUAGA